AUGGGUCAUCUUCGAGUCUAUACCAUCUCCGACGUGAUCGCCCGCUAUCGAAGAAUGCGAGGUUAUGAUGUGCUUCACCCAACUGGCUGGGACGCAUUUGGACUCCCAGCAGAGAAUGCCGCAAUCGAGCGCGGUCUUGAUCCUGCUGUUUGGACCGAUGAUAACAUUGCAAAGAUGAAACAACAGCUCAAGAGCAUGAACACAAGUUUUGACUGGGAUGCCGAAAUAUCAACAUGUUCGCCGUCGUUCUACAAGCACACUCAAGACAUUUUCCUCAGGUUAUAUCAUCGUGGUCUGGCAUAUCAAGCGGAAGCGCUGGUUAAUUAUGAUCCUGUCGAUAAAACGGUUCUUGCCAAUGAGCAGGUCGACCACAAUGGACGGUCGUGGCGAUCAGGGGCUCUAGUGCAGCAGAUCAAAUUACGCCAGUGGUUCUUCAAAAUAACCGAGUUCAAAGAAGAUCUACUACAAGAUCUGCAAUAUCUGUCCGACGGAGGAAAGUGGCCAGAGAGAGUCGUAACUCAGCAGCGGAAUUGGAUAGGCCGCUCCACAGGGGCACGCAUCCAGUUUGGCUUAAGAGACGAAUCUGGAAACUCUUCCCUGAUCCAUGUCUUCACCACCCGUCCGGAUACGCUGUUUGGAGUCAAAUAUAUUGCCCUCUCACUGACACACCCUCUCGUGGUACGGGCGGCCGCGAGGUUACCCGAGUUGCAGAAAUUUCUCGACAGACGAGCUUCUUUCCCGCCCGACUCCAAGGAAGGCUUCGAGCUGCCGUAUUCGGCCUUCAAUCCCCUUUCACAAGUCGGAGUUUCAGAUGCUGAGCCAUUGCCCGUUUAUGCCGCCCCAUAUGUGCUGGCAGACUACGGAGAAGGCGCAGUGAUGGGUGUCCCGGCUCACGACUCUCGCGAUCUCAGCUUCUGGAAACUCCACAGACCCUCAGAUCCUGUCACAAUCGCGAUAUCGCCAGAGCCUUUAGCUAACAGGGCCUCUCGUGUGCUUGCCACCGAUGUGGUCGAAGCGUACACAAAUGACGGGUGGCUGACUUCUUUAUGUGGUCCUUACACGGGUCUACCAAGCAGUAAGGCGAGAACCGAGAUUGUCUCUGGACUGGAGAAACACGGUCUUGCGGAAGCAGUCGAAACUUGGAGACUUCGUGACUGGCUUGUGAGCCGCCAAAGAUACUGGGGUACGCCAAUCCCCAUCAUACACUGCCCAGCCUGUGGACCUGUUCCUGUGCCCAAAGAAGACCUUCCCGUGGUAUUACCACGACUCGAUUCAUCCAUCAAAGGACAAUCCGGUAAUCCACUGGAUAGGAUCGCGGAAUGGGUCAAUUGCCAGUGCCCAUCCUGCAAAGGUCCGGCGAAGCGAGAAACGGACACGAUGGAUACAUUUGUCGACUCUUCCUGGUAUUUUAUGCGAUUUCCAGACGCGACGAACGAGCUUGAACCCUUCUCCCAGCAAUCCGCAGCCGAUAUGCUCCCUGUGGAUACCUACAUUGGAGGCGUCGAGCAUGCUAUUCUACAUUUACUCUAUGCACGUUUCAUCUACAAAUUCCUGUGCAGCGAACGUCUUAUUUCCAGCGACAAGGGCCAUGCCGAGCCGUUCCAACAAUUGAUAGCGCAGGGGAUGGUGCAUGGGAAGACAUUCUCUGACCCAGACAGUGGUCGGUUCUUGUUGCCCAGUGAGGUCGACUUGGACGGCGAGGCCGCAACCAUCAAAGCCUCUGGCAAGGCACCCAACGUCACUUGGGAGAAGAUGUCCAAGAGCAAGCAUAACGGUGUGGACCCAUCGGUCGCGAUUGAGAAGUUUGGAGCAGAUACUUUACGAGCCCAUAUUCUCUUCGCUGCACCAGUUAGUGAAGUGCUGCAAUGGGACGAGGAAAAGAUUGUUGGAAUACAGAGGUGGUUUGGCCGAGUAAACCGCAUCAUCUCCCAGCUGCCUUCCCAGGACCAAGACGUCUCAGAGAUCACGAUACCUGAGCUGAGAGAUCUUAGCACAAGUGAUGCUGAGGCGCUGCUCUUGACGCAAGGGACCUGCAAGAACAUCUCGCAGACAUUCUUGAGCGACAUCUACAGCCUGAAUACAGCCGUCUCGGACCUUAUCAAGCUAACAAACGGCCUCGAAGGAAUUGGCGUCAACAAUCUGACACCUUCUGUCGCCUAUGUCGCCGUGACCACGCUCCUAAAGAUGAUGGCGCCAAUCACUCCAGCAUUCGCCGAGGAAUGUUGGGAAAGAGUGGUGCCGGGCACAGAAAGCAAGAGCAUCUUCGAUGUGUCAUGGACAGGCGAUGUCGUAACGCCUGAACAAGAGGCUGCUCUACGGAGUCGCAAAACAACCAUCACCUGCGCCGUGCAGAUCAAUGGAAAACUACGGUUCACAGCAUCAGUACCGUCCCCUCGCGCAGACGGCAAGGCUGGAAUGGACCCGGCGGCACAAGAGGCGGAGAUCAUCCGUGCUGUCCUCGAGACAGAAGAAGGCCGAAUGUGGCUGACGGAGAAGAACAACUGGGAAAAGAAGAAAAGAGUAAUUGUCGUUGGAGGCGGCAGGGUGUUGAACGUUGUAUUCUGA